AUGGCAGAGGAGCAACCCAUGGCUAUUCAGGAGGUGGCAAUGCCCAGCAUUGCUAAUGUCACCUCCAAUGUUGCAGCUGGGGGUCAAGUGUUGGAGAAAAGCUUUGACGAGAUAUAUGCUUUGUUGAACAAAUUUUCCAAGAGCAAUCCGGAUUGGCAAGGAGAGAUGGGCAGACACACAGUGCAUAAAUCUGCAGGGGUUCUUGAGUUAGAUGUCAUCUCAGCAUUAUCAGCGCAGAUUGCUACACUAGCCAAUCAAAUCAACCAGAUGAACUUGAGUAUCAACAAGCAACAAGCACAACCGGUGCAACAGGGCACUCAGAAUCAAUACAGGCCUCAAGCUCCUCAACAGCAAUAUAGACCACCUCAGGUUGAACAACAAGAGAGUCCUACAGGUCACCUUGAAGACAUGUUUAAAAAGAUGAUGGCUGAACAGCAAGCCCUCGCCACAACAGUAAGAAAUUUGGAGCGUCAAAUGGGACAGCUUGCUAGUGCUCAAAACACUAGACCAGCUGGAGCUCUUCCAAGUGACACUGAAGCCAAUCCUAGGGCGGCCCUUAAUGCCAUAUCAUUGAGGAAUGGGAGACAGCUAGAGGAAGUUCUAUCUAAAAAGAGGAAACAGGUGACUUUUAAUGAGAUGCCAGUCAUUGUAGAAUCCACAUCAGGGAAAGCGAAGGAGUCAGAGAAGCCAUCUGGAGGGGCGGUGGCUGAGCAAUCCCCACAAUUGGUUGCAAGGCCACCACCUCCAUUCCCUCAAAGACUGCAGAAAUUGCGAGAUAAUGCCACAUAUAAAAAGUUUCUUGAUAUCUUGAAGCAGGUACAAAUUAAUAUUCCAUUUGACAUCUUACAAGAAGUACCCAAAUAUGCAAAGUACAUCAAGGACAUUGUGGCAAAUAAAAGGAGGCUGGCCGAGUUCGAGACUAUGGCACUCACUGAGGAGUGCAGUUCCAGAAUUCAAGUUGGGGUUGGUGAACCACGCCCAACAACAGUUAUCUUACAGUUAGCUGACCGCUCCCUUGCUCAUCCUGAGGGAGUCAUUGAAGAUGUGCUAGUGCAAGUGGAGUCUUUUAUCUUCCCAGCUGAUUUCAUCAUCCUUGAUUAUGAGCCUGAUCAGGAAGUCCCAAUUAUUUUGGGGCGUCCAUUCUUAGCCACGGGCCGAGCUAUUAUUGAUGUUUGUGAAGGAAAGAUGACGAUGAGAGUGGGUGAUCGAGUGGAGGUAUUCAACGUUUAUAGAGCACUCAAGUUACCAGCCCACUAUGAAGAAUUGUCCAUGAUCUCUGUGGUAGAAGGUGAUGCCACGUCGUUAGUACCUUAUAUGAGCCCUGCAGAUCCUGUUGAACGUGUAUUGAUUGGGGACAUAGAAAAUGGUGAUGAUGAAAGGAUGGGAGAAAUUGAGCAAGUGCUGGAUAUGUCCUGCUGUUAUGUACAUGGGGUUAGAAAAUUUGAAGAAUUGGACAGGCCUGUCACUCUGACCCUCCCCAGGCCAUCUAUUGAAGAAGCUCCGAAGCUAGAACUCAAGCCACUUCCAGCGCAUCUGCGCUAUGCUUAUUUGGGGAACUCAGAGACACUGCCCGUGAUUAUUUCAUCCAGCUUGACCAGCACUCAAGAAGAAAAAUUGCUCAGGGUCCUCCGCGAGCAUAAAAGGGCCAUUGGGUGGACUAUAGCUGACAUCAAGGGUAUUAGUCCAUCGUUUUGCAUGCAUAAAAUCUUUCUAGAGGACGGACACCGCCCCAGUGUAGAGCAGCAAAGGAGAUUGAAUCCUAUCACGAAGGAGGUUGUGAAAAAGGAAGUAAUCAAGUUGCUCGAUGCAGGUAUCAUUUUUCCUAUUUCUGAUAGCAACUGGGUAAGCCCGGUUCAAUGUGUGCCCAAAAAGGGAGGAAUGAUUGUAGUUGAGAACGAGAAGAAUGAGCUAAUCCCCACUCGCACUGUUACGGGAUGGAGAGUCUGCAUUGAUUAUAGAAGGCUCAAUAAGGCAACUCGCAAGGAUCACUUCGCACUCCCAUUCAUCGAUCAAAUGCUAGACAGGUUGCUUGAAAAGGAUGUGACCUUCAACUUUGAUGAUGCUUGCCUCAACGCAUUUGAAGAACUUAAAAAGAAGUUGGUGACUGCUCUCAUUAUUGUGGCACCGGAUUGGUCUUUACCUUUUGAACUUAUGUGUGAUGCGAGUGAUCAUGCUAUCGGGGCAGUGUUAGGCCAGAGGAAGGACAAGGUGUUUCAUUCCAUCUACUAUGCAAGUAAGACUCUUGAUGAUGCCCAACUGAAUUACACCACCACUGAGAAGGAGUUGUUAGCUGUUGUGUGGGCCUUUGAGAAAUUCCGGGCAUACUUGGUGGGAACAAAAGUCAUAGUCCAUACCGAUCAUGCAGCUAUCAGGUAUUUGUUUACCAAAAAGGAGUCUAAGGCUAGAUUGAUGCGCUGGGUUUUAUUGCUGCAGGAAUUUGAUGUAGAAAUACGAGAUCGAAAGGGGACAGAGAACCAGGUAGCUGACCAUCUAUCAAGGUUGGAAAAUCACGAUCACGUGGAGGAGGGUAGCCAAAUUAAAGAAGUAUUUCCUGAUGAGCAACUUUUUGCUAUAACCCAAGACCCUCCCCCAUGGUACGCAAACUAUGUAAAUUAUCUUGUGAGUGGGGUACUUCCUCCCAAAAUCCAAUCUAAAGCUAGAAAGAGGUUUUUACAUGAUGUGUUCUACUACUGGGAUGAGCCAUAUUUGUACAAGCAAUGUGCUGAUCAGUUGAUGAGGAGAUGCAUUCCUGAAAAAGAGAGAAGGGGAACAAUCACAGGGAAGCAUGAGGUGCCUUUAAAUAACAUUCUAGAAGUUGAGCUUUUUGAUGUGUGGGGGAUAGAUUUUAUGGGGCCAUUUCCACCGUCCAGAGGAAACAAGUACAUUUUGCUAGCCGUUGACUAUGUGUCAAAAUGGGUGGAGGCAAUUGCUUUGCCAACGAAUGAUGCCAUGGUGGUAGCUGCUUUUGUGAAAAAGAACAUAUUCUCGAGAUUUGGGACUCCACGUGCCUUAAUCAGUGAUGAAGGGACUCAUUUUUGUAAUCGAUUGUUGAAUAACCUUCUAGCUAAAUAUGGAGUUCACCACAGAGUUGCCACAGCAUAUCAUCCACAAACAAGUGGGCAAGCUGAGGUGUCAAACAGAGAAAUCAAGCAAAUAUUGGAGAAGACAGUGAGUGUGAAUAGGAAGGAUUGGGCUGCAAAGUUGGAUGAUGCUCUAUGGGCAUAUAGAACUACAUAUAAAACGCCAAUUGGAGCGUCCCCUUACAAGCUGGUCUAUGGGAAGGCAUGCCACCUGCCCGUUGAGCUUGAACACAAAGCAUACUGGGCCAUUAAGAAGCUGAACAUGGACCUUGAAGCCGCAGGUGAGAAAAGACUUAUGCAGUUGAAUGAAUUAGAUGAGUUCAGGUUGCACUCUUAUGAAAAUGCUAAGCUAUAUAAAGAAAAGACAAAAAGAUGGCAUGACAAGCAUAUCAAGCCGUGUCACUUUGAGCCAGGCCAACAAGUAUUGCUAUUCAAUUCUAGACUACGGUUGUUCCCUAGGAAGCUAAAGUCGAGAUGGUCAAGUCCGUUUGAGGUGGUGAGAGUUACUCCUUAUGGUGCAAUCGAGCUGCGAGCUUUAAAUGGCGAAAGGAAAUUUUUGGUGAAUGGUCAUAGAGUCAAGCAUUAUUGGGGAGGAAUGAUUAAUUGUGAGAAGACCAAGGUUGUACUCGCUGAUUAG